ACAAAAACUGAAAAAUUAUUCUUGCAACCUUCGCGAUCUUCGACAACUCCAUCACCAGGUCGACUAAUAACAGCAGCCAUGGCUUCCGAGAAGGCAAACAACCCCAUGCGGGAGCUGAAGAUUCAGAAGCUCGUUCUGAACAUCUCCGUCGGAGAGUCUGGUGACAGACUUACCCGUGCCGCCAAGGUGCUGGAGCAGCUUUCUGGUCAGACCCCCGUCUACAGCAAGGCUCGCUACACCGUCCGAACCUUCGGUAUCCGACGUAACGAAAAGAUUGCUGUCCACGUCACCGUCCGAGGCCCUAAGGCCGAGGAGAUUCUUGAGCGUGGUCUCAAGGUCAAGGAGUACGAGCUCCGCAAGCGCAACUUCUCCGAGACUGGCAACUUUGGCUUCGGUAUCAGCGAGCACAUUGAUCUUGGUAUCAAGUACGACCCCUCCAUCGGUAUCUACGGCAUGGAUUUUUACUGCUGUAUGACCCGACCUGGUGAGCGCGUUACCCGCCGCCGCCGAACCAAGUCCCGUAUCGGUGCCAGCCACCGCAUCAAGCGCGAGGAGACCGUCAAGUGGUUCAAGUCUCGCUUCGAUGGCAUUGUCCGAUAAACGGUUGAAAAAAAAAUGGUUGUUUGAAUUUACGGAUGGUCACGGCGAAUAUUAAGAGGAAAACUCACAUGGGACAUGUAUUUUCUGUUGCCUUUGCUGCAUCAGCUUGACUUGAAAUUUUCAGUCGAGCCACGGCCUGAGAGACCGACCGGCGCUCUGCCGGCUUUCCGAUAUUCACUAUGAAUGUGACAUUGCCAUCAAUCGUCAGAUCACUGGUACUUUGUCUGUUUGGCCUCUCGUCUGUUUACGUCUACGCGAGACGUUAUAAACAUGUCCUUCGGGGACUUUGGUGCAUCACUUGUAUCCUGGAUGAUUUCUCUUCUUUGGAGUAAUGUCAAUGCUCCUGACUUGUGUGUGACUACUAUACUCUGAGUCAUUGCUUGUGACGUUUAUGCGCCCACCGAUCGUAAUUGAUCGUCAACGUAGUGGUAAUUGACCAGCUCGUAUUGAACAUAUCGCAAUGCUUCCGAUGCUGACACCGUAUAAUGCAAGGGCUAUUUGGCUAUGGGUUGUCAAAUUUGAGCGUGAAACUGUCGACUCUGGGCGCUAAAAUUUCACAAUCGUUCCAUAUCAACUUUUCUCAUAUUAUCAUCAUCUCACAGCAAACGCACAGGCAACUGCCCCUAGCGGCAGGACUGAAGAAACUGGCUCUCAUGUUCCAAGAUAAUUAUGUUUCGUGAAAGAGAUCAAGAUCACGAUGCUUUCCCAGUUGCACGAGGAAACAUUCCUACAAGGGAUGGUCCAUUGGUGCUUAUGGCGUCUUAAAAUCUUUGGUGGGCGCUCAAUAUGACCCGAAUUCUCCUUACACUCGAGAAGCCUUAGAGAGCGAAAGCCGACACCCAUAGCUUUCAUGGGUCAUUCGUGUUAGACCAAGCCAAAAGCUCAAGGAAACCCCUUACUAUAGCAAGGUCUUCCUUUGGUAUAUGACUGACUGACAAUUUGUUCUAUUGUGGAUACACCCCAGAUUAUGGAUAACAGCAUCUGAUAUGUAUCUUGGGACACAUCGGACAUCCGUCAACACAAAGCAGUUAAUGUGGAAAAACCAUAAGUAGCAAGGCUUCGAGGUCUUAUAGAUUAGUUUAAGAUCGGGAAUCUCCAGCGCAAGGCUACAAGAUAACAAGCGUGCUCCGGUUGUCAGCCGCCAGAGCUCGCCAUUAAUCAAUUUGACGGCCCCGGUAAAAGUGUUGUUCUGACGUCUCUGAUAGCGUUGCGAGUUGGCCAUUCACUUUGUUGGCCAGUACCUGAGCCAGGGGGCGAAAAGAAAACCUAGGACCCUAUCCG